AUGUGUCGCAAAAGAUCCAGGCUCCUCCAAGACUGCGACCAGACCUGCUUCCCCGAACUAUCUGGACCCGACAGACUGUUGGCCUAUUGCGUUUUCUUGGUCACUGGCCCCCGGACGGGCCUCCUGCGGAUACAGACUCAAACAACAUGGUAUGUCCUCUUCAAGCGCAAACCAGUUCAGUACCUCCCGCGACCAACCAUUGAAGAUGAUAGUGAGGAGGUCUGGGUCAUCCCCGAAACAAAUGAAGUGUUCACCAAGUAUCAGCAGUUCCUUCAUCGAAUGAACUUCUACAAACAGAAACGGUUCAUCUGCGAAAUAACCGGCCAUUCCUCCCUUACUUUUUUUGAGGCUCUAAGAAGUGAAACGGAUGGUUCACGCGAAGUGAAUAGCGCCUUUCCGGAGCCGUUGAAGGAACCGGUCUUGCGAAAGGUUCAAUUUUCAACUAUUUCGCGAAUUGACAGCCUUGACUUUUACCCUGGCGAACGCGUUACUGUCCUCCUAACCAACGGAACCCGCCUGCAGGGCAUCGUUCGGGAAAAGGCCCGAUUCCCAGAAUUAAUGAACCAAGAUGGUUCGAUAGAGCGAAGAGCGUCGUCGAGAUACUUGGUAAAACUGGUGAGCCGGCCAAAUGAGGAGGCGCUGCUGGACGAUGAACACCUGGCCCGUGACAGGAAAAUCUUUACCAAACAGAUGCUGCGUUCAUUCAUCAGGAAUACUGUAACAAGAGAAUCGUGGACGGGUGCGCCGUGGCUGGUCAAACCGCAUAUCGCCCAUGAAUACCGGAUCGAUACUGAAGUCCCGAAACAUCUGCAAUACGGAAAUAGGGUCGGAGGGAAGAAAGCUAACGUGGCUGCCGGUAAAGAAGAAGACGAAAGCCUCUUUGGAUUCUUUUAUUCCAAACAACGAUGGCCGAACCUCAAGUCUGCUGGCAAGGGACAUAAAUCGAAAGUUUCACUGCGGGAGCUUGCGAAGGCGAGGGAUGACCGAUAUGAGGAAUACCAACGAGCGUUAAACGAAAACCAUUCUUUUGCUGUUUCCGGGGAUGGCACUCACGAUGGAGAUUGGCAAGCACUCGAAGAUAGCGCCAACUCGUUUUCCGUUGUCAUCCAAAAUGGCCCUCCGCCGCAACCCCCCCCGCCACCUAUCAAAUACCCGAUUGAGGAUUUGGAUAUCCCGCCCUCUCACAGCGAUAAACUCCGGCCUUCCUUGAAAUUCUUAACUGAUGAUCAACACUCAGAGCACCUGGACAUGUCGCCCCAAGAAGAUAGUUUACUGCGUGGCAAUAUCAAGAUGGAAUCUGUGGGACCUCUGCUCGAAACGUGGAACACAUUGAAUGUAUAUUGCCAGGUUCUCCAAUUAGACUCCUUCACGUUCGAUGAUUUCGUCGAGGCAAUGCAAUUUUCUUCUCACGACGUUACCUUGCAUCCCGCGGCGGGAUAUGUUUGGAGAGUAUGGGUCGGAUCGAUCGCUUGCGGGAAACGAGACUUCCAGAAGGGUGGUUGGGAACUAGUCAUGAUCGGGCUCCUUCAUAGGCUAUCCUACCGACCGCGACUGCGAAAUCCUUGUGACGAGAUCCUGGCCCAUCUGGCACCGCUUGAUCGUGAGCCAACGCAAGACACGGCGCAAGAGCAAUAUGUAACCCUCGACGUUAACUUGCGAGUGAGAGCUCUCCAAAUUAUCUGCAUGCUCCUGCUUGAAACGAAGGCGAUCAAGAAUUACCUCGAAGAGUGCAGUAUUCAAAUGACCGAGUUCCGUAAGGAGAAAAUCGACUACCAACGGGCUCGUAAAGCAUGCCUUGAGGAGAUUCGACGGUUGCAUGAAGAGCGUAAACAGCUUCAACCUGAAAACCCGCCAUCACCCGUUCCUGAGUUGGAGGAGCUAGCGGACGUGAAAAUGACUGGUUUGGAUGACGACUCGGAGGCAGCUGCAGACACUGACGAUGAAGACGCGCACACAGGAAGGUCCCUUCGCCGCGGAGCAGAUAGGGCCGCAGAGCGAAAACGGCGGCAAGAAGAGGAGCGGGAGCGAAAAGAACAGGCUGCUAAAUUGCCCAAGGGAUCGAAACAGUAUCACCGAGUUCUGAAGAAAAUAGAAGAAGAAAAGGCCAAAGUCAAGUCAUACGAGGAACAGAUCGCCAUUCUAGAUAAUGACUUGCGAGAGGCUGAUUGUCCUCGAACACGUGUUUUGGGUAAAGACCGGUUUUGGAAUCGAUAUUACUGGUUCGAGCGGAACGCGAUGCCGUUUGAGGGCCUCCCGACCAGCUCAACUGCGUCUGCAAACUAUGCGAACGGCCGAUUAUGGGUCCAGGGCCCCGACGAUAUGGAGCGGGAAGGCUUUAUUGAUUUGCCGCAGGAGGAAAAUCGAAAGUACAUCCAGCGCUUCAAGAUGACAGUGCGACAACGGAAAGAGCUCGAGGAGGGUCCUGCGGGUGUUUCUAAUGCGCAGGAGUGGGGUUACUAUGACGAUCCGGAGUCCCUGGAUCAGCUUCUAAGCUGGCUUGACGCUCGCGGUGUCCGAGAAGUGAAACUGCGCAAGGAGCUGCAGUUGUAUCGGGAUAGCAUCGCCAAGUACAUGCGGAAUCGCACAGAGUAUCUUGGUAAGAACGCCGAGGAGAAGAAGAGCGCAGAGUCGGAGGAAGAAGGGCCGGCGACGACAACGACGAUGUCGACUCGGAUGUCUAGACGGACGAAAUCGUCUGGAGGGGAGGACUUGUCGAGUCGAUAUCGCUAUCGCUGUCUGAAAUGGAAGAACGGCGCUGCAUUGCGGGAAAAUGGGCAUUUGCACGUCGAGCCGGCGCGGCCGACGAAGAAGGCUAAGCGAUCUACGGCUGCGGCUACGGCUGCGGCGGUGGAUGAGACGAAGGAGAGGGAGAGGGAGAGGGAGAGGGAGAAGGAGAAGGAGAAGGAGAGCAAGCCAACGAAUCGACAUGGAAAGCCGCUUACGAGGCAGGGGACUAGGUAUCAGUUUUGA